UGCAAGAUGGCGGCGGGAGCCGAGCGCGGCGCGGCGCUGCCCGCGGAGCCGCCGCCGCUGAGCGCCGAGGAGGUGGCCAGGCGGCUGGCGAGCACCCGCCGCGAGCUGGGCAACCGCCGCAAGAUCCUGCUGCGGAACCUGCCGGCCGAGAGCAGCAGCCAGGAAAUCCACGACUUGUUUAAGGAUUAUGAAAUCAAGUAUUGUUAUGUGGACAGGAAUAAAAGAACAGCAUUUGUCACCCUGUUAAACGGGGAGCAGGCCCAGAGCGCCAUCAGGAGGUUCCACCAGCACUCCCUGCGAGGGAAGGAGAUCUCCGUGCAGCUGCAGCCCACGGAUGCUCUGCUGUGCAUCACCAACCUGCCCCUUUCCCUCAGGAUAGAGGAGUUUGAGGAACUGGUGCGUGCCUAUGGCAACGUGGAGAGGUGUUUCCUGGUCUACAGCGAGCUCACCGGCCAUUCCAAGGGCUACGGAUUCGUGGAGUACAUGAAGAAGGACUCUGCUGCCAAGGCCAGGCUGGAGCUCCUGGGCAAGCAGCUGGAGGAGAGCACUCUGUUUGCACAAUGGAUGGAUGUGAACCAGCUGACCACAAACCUCAUUCACUCCAAGUGCCUUUGUGUGGAUAAAUUACAAAAAGACUGCGCUGAUUCGAAAGAGCUGCUCCAGGCUUUCUCCCUGAAGUACAAACCUGUGUUCUGCCAGUUUGCCCAGGAUGAGGACGGCAGCAGCGGGGACUUUGCCGUGGUGGAGUACGAGAGCGCGGAGCAGGCGGAGAGCGUGCGAGGGGCCAUGGACGGGGUGACCAUCAACGGCAGGAGGGUGCAGGUGUCCUUCUGUGCCCCUGGAGCACCAGGCAGGAGCACCUUGGCAGCUCUGAUCGCAGCACAGAGGAUGAUGAGGAACAAUAGGAAAGGCUUGCUUCCAGAGCCAAAUCCAGUGCAGAUCAUGAAAAGUUUCAAUAAUCCAGCAAUGCUGCAGAUGCUGCUGCAGCCCCAGCUGCGUGGCCACGCUGUUAAACCUGUUCUUGGAGCAUCUGCAGGUUUACCUCACCUCAUAAAUUCAGCAGUGGGGCCACCUUUUUUGCAGUUGAAUAAAGUUCAUCAGAGCUCAAUUCUGGGGAGCACCUCCAGCCUGCUGCUGCAGAGCCCUGCUCACCUGCCCCUGCCCCAGCAGCAGCUCCUGAAGAUGGAAAACAUGCAGGCAAACAGUAAACCAGGUUUGCUGGGAGAGCCUCCAACAAUGCUCCUGCAGACAGUGCUGGGCAUAGGGGUGAUGCCAGCAGUGAACUCAGGCCUGGCAACACGAGGAGAAGCUCUCAAGUCAGCAGCAGCAGGGAUGGGCAUGCUGCCAUUCUUCCCAAACCAGCACAUGGUCGGACCAGCUCUCCCCGGGCCCGCCGCUGCUGCAGACAAAGGCGAGGCGGUGCCGGGCGCGCCGCCCUUCCCUCAGGCACUGCCCGGCCUCCCGCUCCGGGCAGCCCUCGGCAAAGCUCCGGGACAGCCCAAAAACUGCGACUCCAGCCUGGGGGCUCCCUUGAAAAAACAGACUUCUCUGCUUGGGGAACCCCCAAAAGAAAUCCGCCUGAGCACCAACCCCUACUUGAAUUUGGCAAGUGUUUUGCCUGGUAUCUGUCUGCCAGCAGCAAUUGCCAGCAAAGCCUCCAGUCCUCCACAGCAGAGCCUUCCAAACAGUGUCGUGGAUGCUGCUGUGUCUCAGGGAACUGCAUCACAACAUGCAAUGGAAAAUUAUUUCAGUUAUUCCCAGCAGCCUGGGGAGUACCCACAGGUGGCCCCGAAGCGCAGCUCCGCGUACCUCGCGCCCGAGCCCGGCCCCGCGGAGCUCCCCGCGCCGCGCUACUCCGAGUCCUCCCUCAAGAAGAAGCGCGUCUAUUGAUCGUGGCCUCGCAUCCCUGGAUUCCCUGGAUUCCCUGCAUGGAUUCCAGCGGGGCAGCGAGGGCAGCCGGGAAUCGCUCUGUGUUUAUUGCUGCCUUAACUGCCCACAAGGAUGCCGCACGAGGGGCCAGCUCUGUGCCGCCACAGCCGAGGACAAAGGUGGUGACAAAGGUGACAGAGGUGGCGGCUGCUCUCACUCCGAGAGGAGGGGACAGUGUUGGCUUUGUCACCUGUGGGCUGAGGGACAGAGCACAAGGACCUGGGGAGCUGGGGCAGCUCCAGCUGAAAGCAAUAAAAACCCAGAGGAAAGAAAGCUGAUCCUUUCUCCAGUCCUCAGCCUGAGGAAGUUAAAAGAGGAAGUCUUGAUAGUAAGUAUUUUGUAUUUUUUUAACUCAGAAUGUGGGUUUGGUUUUUUUUUUUUUCCAACUUUCCUUUUUUUCCAGGAUUAAGCUCUGCAUUGACAGCCUCUCAGUUUUUAGUGUUUGUUCUUAAUCCUGGAAUGGAGCGAUACCAAAUGGAUUCCCAGAGCCUCGGUGAUGUUCUCAAUAAAUGCCUGUUCAAAGGG